AUGGAGAUAAGAACCCAUCAUGUGCCAGACAGGGGGUCUUAUAGAACCUAUGAUCCUGACAACUUGUCAAAAGCUUAUUUUGCUGUCAAAGAAGGCAAAAUGUCAACAAAUAAAGCUUCAAAAGUAUUUAAUGUACCUAGAACAACCCUACAGGGUAGACUAUAUGGCAAAGUUGAUAUAGAGACAAUCAAAUCAGGUCCUCAGUCUGUGUUUAACCAGGGGCAAGAAGCACUUCUAGUUGGUCAUUUGAAGACAAUGGAUGACGUGGGUUAUGGCUAUAGCCGCCAGGAAACUUUAAAUUUAGCAUCUGACUAUGCUGUUCAUUUAGGCCUUAGAGAUAAAGAUCACCCACUCACUGAUAGAUGGUUGUAUAAGUUUUUAAGCAGGUGGCCUGAAAUUGGUGUCAAGAAGCCAUGUAGUUUAGAAAUUGCAAGGGCAAAGUUUGCCACAAGGGGGGCUGUAGAUGCAUAUUUUGAGGAACUUGGUCUUGUCCUUUCAAAGUACAACCUUCUUAACAAACCUCAUAGGAUUUAUAACAUUGAUGAAAAAGGUCUUAGCACAGAACAUAAGCCACCUAAAGUGAUUGGGGGAAAAUUUUCAAAAUCUCAAGCUGUAACAUCUGGCAGAGGCAAAACGGUUACUUUGAUAGGCUGUGCUAAUGGUGUUGGCCAAGUAAUACCCCCCUACUUUGUUUUCCCUGGAGCCAGGAUGCUUGAUUCCUUGCUGGAUGGAGCAACUGCUGGGGCAGAUGGUGAUGUUUCUGAGUCUGGAUGGUCUAACUCCCAAAUAUUUUGCAAUUACAUUCAGGAGCAUCUUAUCAAGUUUUUGCCUCCAAGAGAUGAUGAUGAUAUUCUUUUACUCUAUGAUGGACACAUAACCAAACCGAUUAUUGAGUGGGCCAAAUCUCAUCAUAUUCACUUGUUUGUGUUACCACCACAUUGUAGCCAUCUUCUCCAACCACUAGAUGUUAGCUGA